CGGGCGCUCCUCUGCCUCCUCCUCCUGGCCGGCCGCGGGCAGCUGCGUGACGGCGCCGCCGCCGCCACCGCCGCACACGGCUGCCUGUUUGACCGAAGGCUGUGCUCCCCGCAGGAGGUGUGUGUGCAGGAUGGGCUGUUUGGGCAGUGCCAGGUGGGCUCCGUGCAGGACAGACCCUACUUCCAGGUCACAUCUCCUGUGCUCCAGCGUCUGCAGGAUGUCUUGCGGCAUCUCAUGGCACAAGGGCUCUCGUGGCAGGAUGGCAUCACCCAGUAUGUGAUCUCUCAGGAGAUGGAGCGCAUCCCCCGCCUCCGCCUGCCACCCUCACUGGAGCCGGUCGCUAGGGACAGGUUCCUGCCUCUCCGCAGCGAGCCCCGGCGAGCCCCACUAGCCCCAGACCCUGGCCUUCCAGCAGCUCCGCAUUUGGAGCAGCCCACACCACUGCUGCUUUCCCCUCUGGUGCAGCGCUACCUGGAGCACGUCCUGCUGCCUUCCCCACCCCAGCUGGGCUAUGAAGAGGCUCUUCUCAAUCCCUACUCCUACCACAAGUUCGGCUAUCAGGAUGGUGCUCACCAGCAUCCCGGCACCUCAGCCAGGCAGAGCUCUGAGACCUCCUCACUGCUGGGCCGGGUCCCUGCCCAGACCCUUUUUGGGGCUGGCCCUGUGCCCUCCUAUGGUGGGCAGCCAGGAGUGGAUGGGGGGCAUCUUUUCCAGGACUUGGGCAUGCUUUCCCUGCCCAGAGAGAAGGCUGGCCGCCCGGACCCUGCCAGCACCAGGCUUCAGCACAGCUUGCGGCUCCCCAGUGACUACAGAAACAUGGAGGAGAGGGAGCAGCAAGCACCCCUGGCUGCCCAGCCACCCUCUGCACAGACGGAUGCUGCCUUGAAGAGACUGGCUUCUCUCCUGGCCAGCUAUGGCCUGGGGCUGCCAGAACUGAGUCCCCAGCAGAUAAGCAGCCUAUCCACCCUCCUCCAGCUGCUCCAGAGCUCUGGUGUUACUGGCCCUGAAGUGCCCACAGCAAAACAGGUGAUGGAGGGGAACAUGCAGCAUGGAGAGGAGCCAGUGCCCCCUUCCUCCACAGUGCCACCCCUCAAAAUCCCAGCCAGCAGCUCUCCAGGGGAUGGAACAAAGGGCAGGGCAGCAUCUUCACCGGCUCCCUGGGCUGAGCCACAGCAGGGACACAGUGGGGAUGCUCUCAGCCCUGGAAAGCACAUUGUGGUGGAGAAGAAGAGCUACACAGAGAUGAAGGACAGUGGGGCACAGCAGGGCAUGCGGCCACUAGAUGAAUAUGGCUACAUCAUCACAGACCAGAAGCCCCUGGGGCUGGCUGCUGGUGUGCAGCUGCUGGAGCUCCUAGCCAAGCACCUCCACCUCUCCACCACCAGCUUCAUCAACAUCAGCGUUGUGGGUCCUGCGCUUACCUUCCGCAUCCGACAGAACCCCCAGAACUUUUCACUGGCAGAUGUGGCCAGACAGACUGAGCAAGUGAAGGGAGAGCUGGAGCAUGAGCUGGGCCUGAAGAUUGUGCAAACCGGAGUGGGAGAGCGAAAUGAAGCUGCUGCCUACUCACGCCCAUCCCGCUUUGGGGAUGGCUUCCACUCGGUGCUGCUGACCUUCAUCGCGCUGGCCUGCCUGGCUGUGGUUGCCAUCGCAGUGUCUGCGGCCUUCUGCCUCCGGCGCCAUGCCAAGCAGCGGGAGAAGGAGCGCCUGGCUGCCCUGGGGCCGGAGGGUGCGGCCGACACCACCUUCGAGUACCAGGAGCUGUGCCGCCAGCACAUGGCUGCCAAGUCUCUCUUUGGCCGCACUGAGGCACCGGCGGCACCGGCAGAGACUUCGAGGGUCAGCAGUGUCUCGUCCCAGUUCAGCGAUGCUCCACAGCCCAGCCCCAGCUCCCACAGCAGCACACCCUCCUGGUGCGAGGAGCCUGUCCAGUCCAACAUGGACAUCUCCACCGGACACAUGAUCCUGGCCUAUAUGGAGGACCACCUCCGUAACAGGGACCGGCUGGCCAAGGAGUGGCAGGCGCUCUGUGCCUACCAAGCUGAGCCCAGCAUCUGCUCCAUUGCCCAGAGUGAAGCCAACCUGAAGAAGAACCGCAACCCCGACUAUGUGCCCUAUGAUCACGUACGAAUCAAGCUGAAAGCCGAGAGCAACCCAUCCCGCAGUGACUUCAUCAAUGCCAGUCCAAUCAUUGAACAUGACCCACGGAUGCCAGCGUACAUUGCCACACAGGGGCCGCUGUCCCACACCAUUGCUGACUUCUGGCAGAUGGUGUGGGAACAUGGCUGCACCGUCAUUGUCAUGCUGAGCCCCCUGGCCGAGGACAGUGUCAAGCAGUGUGACCGCUACUGGCCAGAUGAAGGCUCCUCUCUUUACCACAUUUAUGAGGUGAACCUGGUAUCAGAGCACAUCUGGUGCGAGGAUUUCCUGGUGCGUAGCUUCUACCUGAAAAACGUGCAGUCGCAGGAGACCCGCACCCUGACGCAGUUCCACUUCCUCAGCUGGCCGGCCGAGGGCAUCCCCACCACCACCCGGCCCCUCCUUGACUUCCGCAGGAAGGUGAACAAGUGCUACCGGGGUCGCUCCUGCCCCAUUAUCGUGCACUGCAGUGACGGUGCAGGCAGGACUGGGACAUACAUCCUUGUCGACAUGGUCCUGAACCGCAUGGCCAAAGGGGUGAAGGAGAUAGACAUAGCUGCUACGCUGGAGCACAUCCGAGAUCAGCGGCCUGGUAUGGUGCAGACCAAGGACCAGUUUGAGUUUGCACUGACGGCUGUGGCUGAGGAAGUGAAUGCCAUCCUGAAGGCACUGCCGCAGUGAUGGUGAGGAGCCCUCUCUCCCCCCUCUUGUCUGCCCCCUGCCCUGCGCUUCGCACUCUCCUCACCGGCCUCUGGGGCUGCUCUCCCUGUAAAAUGGUGUCUGUGCUUCUGGCUCUGUUCCCCCUGCCCCCAGGCGCCCCUUCCCAUCUCCCCAAGGACACUGCCCUCAGGCCCUCUGUGUGCAGGAACCCCAUCACACCCACUGUCACCUCAGAGGGGACAGGGCUUGUGGCCCCUAAGCCCUGUGGUGGGGGACACCAGGUGGUGCUGCUGGGAGCUGGCAGGGGGACUCCCCAACCUGUCAGCUCUUUUGUGUUAGCCCUUUUCCUGUACCCAUGUGGGGGGCAGAAGUGGAGGCAGGGGUCCCCUCCACAGUUGGGGGGAGUAUGGGGUGCAGGGGGGCCUGGCCCAGCCCCACUCCAGGUCCUAUUUGUGUGCUCCCUGCCUAGUCACUCAAGCAGAAGAAAAAUUUCUAGAGAACUAUAAUUUUGUAUCUUGAUGUGAAUAAAGUUCUUGUGUCA